AUGCCUCAAAAUUGCUGUGUUCCUCAAUGCACAAAGAAAGUUUAUAUCGAAAAUGGAGUCAGAAUAUCAUACCAUAGGUUUCCUGAUAACAAGGAUCUCUUUAAACAGUGGAUGAUUGCGAUACGAAGAGAUUUAGGACGUGAUUUCCAAGUGACAGCGCACACACGUGUUUGCUCGAGACACUUCAAGCUCCAAGAUUUCAAAUUGUCUUUUGGCGGCCGUAAAAGAACCUUGCUUCCAGAAGCUGUUCCAUCGGUGUUCCCCUGGAAGCAGGGUUCCCCACCUCGACGAAAAUCGCCUAGAAAGAGAAUUCCARUAGAAGAUAAAACAAAGAAGAAUGCUUCGAACAAUGCCGCCACCACCGCUAAUGAAGACUACGCCGAUCGCGACGAAGUUCCGACACAAAUCGAAGAAAGCGAAGUUUGCUCAGUUAACAAUAGCGAACCUAUUCAAGAAACAUUUGACAAUUAUGAAGAACUAAAGAAAGAAAACAACCGCCUAUUACAUGAACUUAGCCGCGCAAUUGAAGUCCAGGAAGAACUGCGUGCCAAAAUUGAAAUGCUUGAACAACAAACACUCGACUUAAAAAGCAAACUCUUCACCGCCGAUAACUUAACAAAGUMCGACAAAGACGUAGCGUUUUACACUGGUUUUCCCACAGUUCAUGUCUUCCAAAGUGUAUAUGAAUUUUUGGAUCCAGGAGAACAAGGUGAACAUUUAAUCUACUGGCAUUCAACACCCGACACUACAAACGAGAAUGCUAGCGAAUACAAUGCUGAAGCACMAAAACAAGGAAGGCCAAGGCAACUCUCUACAAAAGACGAAUACUUKAUGGUUUUGUGUCGAUUGAGGCAAGGGUUUAGAGAACAUCAUUUAAGCCAUCUAUUCAAUGUAUCUCAAACAACAAUAAGUCGAAUUGUCAUCUCUUGGAUAAAUUUUAUGUUUUUAAGGUGCUCUAUGGUUCCUUUGUGGCCAUCUAGAACUUUAGUUGAUCGGUACAUGCCUGCAGAUUUUCAAGAGAAAUAUCCAAAUACUAGAGUAAUAAUCGACUGUACGGAGAUAAGAUGCCAAAUGCCAAAAAGCCUAAGACUUWACAGUGAACUCUUCAGCAACUAUAAAAAUCAUACAACCCUUAAAGGGCUGAUUGGAAUCUCACCUGGUGGUGCCAUCACCUUUGUUAGUCAACUAUACACAGGGCGAAUCUCCGACAAAGAGAUAGUGCAAAGAUCUGGCUUUUUGGAUUUGCCUUUUUGGAUUUGCCCUUUGUCAACGGAGACAUAA